AGCCUGGCUCGGGCGUCCCCACACCCUCUUUGCGUCCUUCUCCCGGCACCGCCCCGCCCGAUCCUGGAUUCCGCCCGGCGCUGGCCGCAGCCUGACACAGACGCCAGGGAGCCAAGAUGGCAGCUGCCGACGGCGACGAUUCACUUUACCCCAUUGCGGUGCUCAUCGAUGAACUCCGCAAUGAAGACGUUCAGCUUCGCCUCAAUAGUAUCAAGAAGCUCUCCACCAUCGCCUUGGCCCUUGGGGUUGAACGGACCAGAAGUGAGCUCCUGCCCUUCCUUACAGACACCAUCUAUGAUGAAGAUGAGGUCCUCUUGGCUUUGGCCGAACAACUGGGAACCUUCACCACUUUGGUGGGAGGACCUGAGUAUGUGCACUGCCUGCUGCCACCCCUGGAGUCACUGGCCACAGUGGAAGAGACAGUGGUGCGAGACAAGGCGGUAGAAUCCUUACGGGCCAUCUCACAUGAGCACUCACCUUCCGACCUAGAGGCUCAUUUUGUGCCUCUGGUGAAGCGGCUGGCGGGUGGAGACUGGUUCACCUCCCGCACCUCGGCCUGCGGCCUCUUCUCAGUCUGCUACCCCCGAGUAUCCAGUGCUGUGAAGGCUGAACUUCGACAGUACUUCCGGAACCUGUGCUCAGACGACACCCCCAUGGUGCGGCGGGCCGCAGCCUCCAAGCUGGGGGAGUUUGCCAAGGUGCUAGAGCUGGACAAUGUCAAGAGUGAAAUCAUUCCCAUGUUUUCUAACCUGGCCUCUGACGAGCAGGACUCGGUGCGGCUGCUGGCAGUGGAGGCAUGUGUGAACAUUGCUCAGCUUCUGCCCCAGGAGGACCUGGAGGCCUUAGUGAUGCCCACCUUGCGCCAGGCUGCUGAGGAUAAGUCUUGGCGUGUCCGCUAUAUGGUGGCUGACAAGUUCACAGAGCUCCAGAAAGCAGUGGGGCCUGAGAUCACCAAGACAGAUCUGGUACCCGCCUUCCAGAACCUGAUGAAGGACUGUGAGGCCGAGGUGAGGGCCGCAGCCUCCCACAAGGUCAAAGAGUUCUGUGAAAAUCUCUCAGCUGACUGCCGGGAGAAUGUGAUCAUGACCCAGAUCUUGCCCUGCAUCAAGGAGCUUGUGUCAGAUGCCAACCAACAUGUCAAGUCAGCACUGGCUUCAGUCAUCAUGGGCCUCUCUCCCAUUCUGGGCAAAGACAACACUAUUGAACACCUCUUGCCACUCUUCUUGGCUCAGCUAAAGGAUGAGUGUCCUGAGGUGAGGCUGAACAUCAUCUCCAACCUGGACUGUGUGAAUGAGGUGAUUGGCAUCCGGCAGCUCUCUCAGUCUCUGCUCCCUGCCAUUGUGGAGCUGGCUGAGGAUGCCAAGUGGCGAGUGCGGCUGGCCAUCAUUGAGUACAUGCCUCUGCUGGCUGGACAGCUGGGUGUGGAAUUUUUUGAUGAGAAACUCAACUCUUUGUGUAUGGCCUGGCUGGUGGAUCAUGUCUAUGCUAUCCGUGAGGCUGCCACCAGCAACCUUAAGAAGCUAGUGGAGAAGUUCGGGAAGGAGUGGGCUCAUGCCACUAUCAUCCCCAAGGUCUUAGCUAUGUCUGGAGAUCCUAACUACCUGCACCGCAUGACUACACUCUUCUGCAUCAAUGUGCUGUCUGAGGUCUGUGGGCAGGAUAUCACCACCAAGCACAUGUUGCCCACAGUUCUUCGUAUGGCUGGAGACCCAGUCGCCAAUGUCCGCUUCAAUGUGGCUAAAUCCCUACAGAAGAUAGGACCCAUUCUUGACAACAGCACACUGCAGAGUGAAGUCAAGCCCAUCCUGGAGAAGCUGACCCAAGACCAGGAUGUGGAUGUCAAGUACUUUGCCCAGGAGGCUCUAACUGUUCUGUCUCUUGCCUGAUGCUGGAA